ACUGACCCGCGGUGGGCGCAGCACCGGGAUCCCGGCGCGAUCCGACGCUCCUCGAAGGAAUCCCGAAUGCUCAUCGCUCGCAAGUGGGGACGGUGGGCCCCGCCAGGCUCCCGCUGUGCACCUUGAUUUAGUCUCAGGUCUAAAAUAAACCUUCAGGCUCGGCACAGGCGGCUGGAUCUGGCUCGUGUCCUUGUUUCCCUGCCUCAGGCAGCCGCUUCGCUGUCCAGCUGUCCAGACUCAGCAUUCCUGGUGGUCUGGGAGCAGCUGGUGGCCCCGAACACGAUCCUGACACCCAAACCCCAAGGACGAGCCAAGGAGCCUCCUCCUGGUCGCAUCCCGGGUUUUGGUUUUUUCCCUCCAGUGCGGGGCUGGGAAGUUCCUGGCUGAGAAUUUUGGGAGAGGAGUAUCAGGGAGCUGCUGGAAGCCAGGGGAAAUAAAGUAUGUGUGUAUCCAGUAGACAUUCAUUGAUCUAUAUACUUAUAGGCAAUAUUUAGCUGUCAGGGACUCACGUUGCCUUUUCCUUUUAUUUUCCCCCUCCUCCUGUCGGCUUGGGAGUCCCAAGCACUCCUUACCUGACCAACACCUGUGGCAGGUGGGAGAUGCCCCACAGGAGACGUUCCUGCUCUUUUCCCACAAAGAUGAGCAGCGAGAUUAAUAAUUUUUUGACUGUUUGGGAAGAGGGAUUAAAAGCUUUGCUUCUUCCCCAGCCCCGCUGAGCCUCUGAAAGGAAGGAUGAGCUUCCUGGAGAGGGUUAAAGGGCUGCCGAGAUCCCGGCGAGAAGGUCCGGACUUGGGGACAGGUGGAGGGAGGUGCUGGAAAUGCGAUUCUGGCGGUGGGCAGGGAAAAGAGCUUUGGCACAGAGGAGAGGAGCAGAGCCGGAGCGCCAGGGAAGGAGGAGGAGGAGGAGGGAAAGACCUCGGUGGGUGCCCAGGAUAGAAGCAAUGGGGGAGGGGAAAGAAUGGUCCUCAUUAGGAGAAGACAAAUCGCUCUCUAGAGGAUCCCACGUUUCCCAGUCCAUGGUAACAUGAACCCCUCAGGAACCGGGUGACUGUCCCUCCCUCCUGUCCCAGCUUGCCAUGACAAGAGUUCGGUGAAGUUUCAGGUGGAAACCACCAUGCUAUGGACAACCCCAGUCCCAGAAAAAAUAUAUGUAUUUUAAUUAUCAUUUCCAGUUAAUGCACGACCUCCAAACCCCCACAAAAUAUUUCUUGAAGACCAAAGGCUACUUUCUUUUGAGGUGCAGGACUCCAAUCCCGAGCGUGAUCUUUAUGGAUUCAGGAAACUUACCCAGAGAUCUUGACGAGGGCUUUGCAUCCUCGUGUAUUCCCUUUCUCCUGUUGCUUUUUAUGGCCCCUGAUGAGCCCUGGAGCACAACCAGGUCAUCUGAGUCCCUAACCGAAGUUUCAGGGGCAGCACAGGGCUUUAACGAAGGCUCAGAUGUUUCCCUGGAUCUGAGCCUGGAGCAGCUGCUCCACACAAGCCCCAGGGCUCAGAUUCAGCAGCAGCUCAGCCAUAAAUCAGCUCCAUCCAGAGCUGGUGACAUCCCCAAACGGGAGGGUAUCCCAAAAUAUUUUCCUCUUCCCACCUCCCUGCUGAAAGGAGAAAAAAAAAACCUCAGGAAGCCCAGGAUUUGUGGGGAGCAGAGGGCAGCGUUCCUGCUUUCUGGUGUGUCCCCCAGAGCCGAGGUGCCCGUCCCUGGUCUGGAGAAACCGGACACUGCGGGAGUGACCGCGGGCAGUGGCCGCGUUCCUGGAAGAGCACCGCCCCCGCGGGGCCGGGCGCCAGGCAUUCCUGUUCCAGCCCAGCUAAAACCAUUUCUCACCCGCAGGAAAGAGGCCAUGGCAGCCGUGUUCCUUCCCGGGAACCUCCAGGACGAAGCCACUUGCUCCGUGUGCCUGGAGUUCUUCAAGGACCCCGUGUCCAUCGAGUGCGGGCACAACUUUUGCCGGGCGUGCAUCGUCAAGAGCUGGAAGGACCUGGAGAUGGAUUUCCCGUGCCCGCAGUGCCGUGAGGUUUUCCAGCAGCAAAGCUUCCGCCCCAACCGGCAGCUGGCGAACAUGUCCGAGAUCAUCAGCCAGUUCACACUGCGCGGGGCCAAGGGCGCGCAGGAGGACGGGCUCUGCCCCAAGCAUCGGGAGGCGCUGAAGCUCUACUGCAAGGACGACCGCAGGACCAUCUGCGUGGUGUGCGACAGGUCCCGGGAGCACCGGCCCCACGCCGUGGUGCCCGUGGACGAGGCUUCCGAGGAGUACAAGGAGAAAAUCCAGGAGCGCUUGGAUUUUCUGAGGAAGGAGCGGCAGGAGCUGCUGGAGUUCAAAGUGAACGACGAUAAGAAAACCCAGGAGCUGCUGAAAACCAUUGAGAGCGACCGGCAGAAGCUGCUCUCAGACUUCGAGCGGCUGCGGCAGUUCCUGCAUGACCAGGAGCACAUCCUGCUGGGGCAGCUGGAGAAGAUGGAAAAGAACAUUUCUAAGAGGCAGAAUGAGAACAUCACUGACCUCUCCAAGGAGAUCACGCUCCUCAACAAGCUCAUCACCGAGCUGGAGGAGAAAAUCCAGCAGCCCAUGCUUGAGUUCCUCAAGGAUGUGAUGGGUGUCAUAAGCAGGAGCGACGACGUGAAGUGCCACAAGCCCAUCCCCGUCUGCACCGACAUGAAGAUGCACGUCUGCAACUUCUCCCUCAAAACUGUUGUCCUUGAGAAGGUCUUGAAGAAAUUCCGAGAACACCUGCAGGACGAGCUGGGAAGAGGUGAAAAAGAGGACCUGACCCUGGACCCCGACUCAGCCAACCACCUGCUGAUCCUCUCUGCUGACCUCAAAAGUGUCCGGAUGGGCUGCAGGAAGCAGGAGCUGCCCGACAACCCCAAGCGCUUCGACACCAACUCACGGGUCCUGGCCACCACGGGUUUCAAGUCGGGGCGGCACUACUGGGAGGUGGAGGUGGGGCCGUCGGACGGCUGGGCCUUCGGUGUGGCCAAGGAGUCCAUCCGCAGGAAGGGGCUGACGCAGUUCUCCCCCGAGGAGGGGAUCUGGGCCAUGCAGCAGAACGGGGGCCGCUACUGGGCCGUCACCUCACCCCAGCGCACCCCGCUGUGCCUCAGCCACAAGCUCAGCCGGGUCCGGGUGUACCUGGACUACGAGGGUGAGGAGGUUUCCUUCUAUGACGCUGAGAACAUGCAGCACAUCUUCACCUUCAACGUGGCCUUCCAGGAGAAGAUCUUCCCCCUCUUUUCAGUCUGUUCCACUGUCACCUACAUCAAACUGUGUUCCUGAGGUGCCUCAGGGAGUGCCAGGGAAGCGCUUUGCCCCUGGAUGAGCUCAAAAGACUCAAAUCAGCCUGGUUUGGUGGGACGUGGGUUGGGGGACGGGCAACCAGGUGGUCAGGAGAGCAUCACAAAGGGUCUUCAGGACAGGUGGAAGCAGAGAGAUGUCCAGCGGUGCCCAGAAAUUGUGGCUGCCAGCUUAAAGGAAGGUUGUGGUCACCAGCUUGAAAGCUGUGGUCAGCAACUCAAAGAUCAUGGCCACCAACUCAAAGGCUGUGGCCACCAACUUAAACCCACCCCUGGAAGGUGUGGCAAGCUCAGCCUCAGAGAAGGAACCCUCCAGAUGUCAUUUGUGGCUCCGGGUCUGACCCCACAUGAGGGUUUAAGGGUCUGUGGGAAGCUUUGUAGUGGCUUUUCCAGCCCUUUGGAUGUGCCAGUGGCUGGGAAAUGGAAUAUUUAUAGGGUGAAUGACCGUUGGGAAAGGUGGGAUUGAGAAGGCAUCUUUGGGCAUCCGUCCAAGGCAAAGCUCCUCUGUUUGUCCACAGAGAAGAAAUACAGUCAGAAAUUUCCUUUCUCCAACCUGGGGUAAUAAUUGUCCCCCAAAAGUUGUUUUUGGAAUGUCGUGACAGCUGUCCGAACUGUCUCAGGUGACCACUGUCCACCAGAUCUGAGCUGUCCAGUGUGGAAGAGUCUGUGGGGUUUUGGCUGCUCUCCCUGUCUGGUUCUCCACCCAGGGCUCCUCUGGAAGCCUAUGGAAAAGGUUAGAAGGUGCUUCUUUUGGAUUUUUUUUUAGUGAUGUUUGUCCUGCUGGACCUGAGCAAGACCCGCAUUUGUCCCUCUGGUGCUCCUGUGCUAAGGCCUCUCUGUGGACAAGAUGUUCACAAAAUAUCUCUCAUGGUUCUCACACUUUGCUUGGAUUUAGGUGCUGAAUCUUGUGCUCCCUCAGGUGCCCAGCAAAAUCACCCAUUUACCCUCAUUUCUUGGGUUGUUUUGGUUUUUUUUUUCCCCCGGAAACCCUUUUGUCUGCCAAGGAGCCGAUGCUGAACUUUUGUUUCAUCCACUCUGGUUUUGCUAAAAAAAACCAACCAACCAACCAAACGAAAAAACAGCUUUGAAAAAUAAUCUUAUUGCCUGAAGUGCUGGUAAAGUGGGGUUCUGGGAUUGGUCAGCUUUGGGACUUUUUCCACAAAACACAUAAAUCCUUUUAGGAAAUGACAGACUUGGGGCAAGGUGGGGGAAAGUUUAUUUGGUCCAUAACAACAUUUCCUGGGUGGUUUCAGAUAAGAAAAAGCAGAAAUAUCCCAAAUUUUCAGCUGUUGGGUUGGUUCCUACCCUGAGAGUCAAAUUUAUAUCUUUUAUUUAAUGAGUUAGCUGGUAAAUCCACAUUAUUUAAAGGUGCAGCAACUCUUACAAAGAUGAAGCCGCAAGCAGGGGAAUAAAAUGUGUGACUUGGGAGCUUCAUCCCCUGCUGAAGCAGCGCUGCUGAAGAAAUGACAGAAAUAGAUGAAAAUCCCUGGAAUAAGGAAGAUAUGCACAAGGCCACAACUUUUCUGAUGUCAGAAUUGUGUUUGAUUUGGAACUGCCCGGGUCAUUCUUAGCCCACGUGUGGGAAAUAAAACAUAGAGGUGCUAACGGGGCUCAUCUUCAUAUAUAUACAUUAUAUAUACAUAGAUUUAAAAUAUAUUUGUAUAAAUAUAUGUCAUAAUACACAUCUAUGUAUUUAUGUGUUGGGGCAAAGGCAUACAAAAAUUAUAUAAUAUAAUACAAUACAAUACAAAUAAUAUAAUAGAAAAUGA